AAAAGAAAGAAACUGAAAAAGACAUAUUUUUUAGAGAGAGAAAACGAGAGGUGUGUCUUCUAGUGUAUUGUUAUCUCUGAUUAAACAUCCUUACCCCAUAAAUUCAAUUUACAGUAGUCAUUCAAUCGGGCACCACCGGAGAAGAGAGUAAAGAAAGAAUAUAUACAAAAUGUUCGAUGGAAUGCCAGAGCAGUUUCAUCAGUUCAUAACAUCUUCUAGACCACCAGUGACAUCUCAGCUACCUCCCUCUUUCUCUUUACUCCACGGCGGCGUUGGUGCUAGUUCUGGUGGUGGCACCUCCAUUAGUAUCCCACCUUUUGGUCAGCCUUACCCUAAUUCUCUCCAACUUCAGCCACAAUUGCUUUUACACCAAUUGCACCACCACCAUAAUAAGAAUGAUCAAGAUCAUGAGAAGGAGGCUGAUGUUGAUGAUGACCAUCAUCACCACCAUCAAAACCAGAUGGGUCGUGAGAUCGUUGGUGAGCCGCGAGAUCUGUGGACAAAUGAGGAAGUUUUGGAGCUAUUGAGGAUCAGAUCCAGCAUGGAGAAUUGGUUUCCGGAUUUCACAUGGAACCAUGUUUCAAGGAAGCUAGCAGAGCUUGGGUUCAAGAGAAGUCCGGAGAAAUGCAAAGAUAAAUUUGAAGAGGAAAGCAGACAUUUGAACAAUAAUGUCACUUACACGAAAAACUACAGAUUUUUUAGCGAACUCGAAGAAAUCUGCCAUGGCGAUCAAAACCCUCAAGUUCAAGUCGUAGAAGAAGAAGAUGGCAAUGAAGAAGACACGAUUAAUCCCGUCCCAUCAAAGAAUGAUCGAAACACGGAUAAUAUGAAAGAAGAUGAAGAAGAAGAGAAGGAAAACGAGAAUCGGGAAACAAUGGAUGAUAUGUUGAAAGAAAAGAAGAGAAAAAGAUCAUCAAUAAAGAAGAAGAAUUUUGAAAUGCUAAAAGGAUUUUGUGAGGAGAUUGUAAACAAGAUGAUGUCUCAACAAGAAGAACUCAACAACAAGCUUAUAGAAGACCUAAUAAAAAGAGACCAAGAAAAAGUUGCUAAAGAAGAAGCUUGGAAGAAACAAGAAACCGACAGAAUCAGCAAAAUGAUCAAUAUUCGAGCACAAGAACACGCCAUCGCCAAAGACAGACAGACAAAGAUCAUCGAAUUUCUAAACAAAAUCACCCCAAUUUCUCCAAACCCUAAUAAUAAUAACUCCAACAAAUUACAUGAUUUACCCUCUGCCUCUUCAUCAUCCACAUACCCGAAUCAAGAAAUACCCAAUACCCAUAACAAUUCAACCGAAAGAUUCGACGAAACGGGCAAGAGAUGGCCAAGAGAGGAGGUUCUUGCAUUGAUAAACCUGAGAUGCAAUCAUUAUAGAGAUGAGAAAGAAGGGUCAGGAUCAAAAGGUCCAUUAUGGGAGAGAAUCUCUAAAGGGAUGAUGGAAUUGGGUUAUAAGAGGAAUGCAAAGAGAUGUAAAGAGAAAUGGGAGAACAUAAACAAGUAUUUUAGGAAGACUAAAGAUGUUAACAAGAAGAGAUCCGUUGAUUCAAGGACUUGUCCUUAUUUUCAUCAACUUAGUAUCUUGUUUAGCCAAGGUGCACUAGGCCCGCCGGAAAACCGCCCAAAUUCACCGGAAAACCACGUUGGCGAUGAUCACGAUGAGGAUGAUAACGAAGGUGAGAAAAAUGUGGGCUUCUGAUAACUUCAAAUUUUUGUAUUUUGUGUGUGAUUUUGAGCUGAUGAAACUUUUAUUUUUAUUUUUUUAUAUAGUAUAAUAUGAUGUGGUACGUACUAGAACUUUAUUUUAAUAUAAUUGUUUUUUUUUCUAAAUACUGUUAAUUAAUUAUGGCAGUAGUAUUAUAUAAUGAGAAAUUAAUAUCACCGACAAGUGAGGUUUGAGGUUGAUGAAUAGAACUGCGGUAUUUCAGAUUU